AUGCGGCUUACAAAGUGUGUCGUCAAGUUGGACAAUGUUCUGCUGGUCUUACAGGGUAUUCUAGCAUUGUCUGCUGCUCAAUCAGUUUCGACCCUGCCCGAUGGUUGUUACCUUACCUCGUCCAUCGUCUAUGGGAACACGACCACAUCAAGCACUCUCACUACCAGUGGGGGCCUGUCAACCAUAUCCACGAGUUCAGGAGCUUCAAUAUCAGGCUCUAGCAGUGUUGCCUCGUCAUUUUCCUCUUCGAGUACGUCUUUCAAUCCCUCUAGUACAACGAGUCCCACGGUGCCAACCACAACAAUCCCGUCUCCGACCUCAAACCCAUUCGUGAUCACUGUCAGUGGUAUCGGCAAUAAACUGAGAACUCGUGCCCUGGACUAUGUGACGUUCAACGGUGGCAAUGCUUAUCUCUCUCCUGACGAAGACGUUGCUACUAUUUUUGUUCUCACUGUGACUGGCCACUUGAAAACCGGGAAUGGCGAUGUCGGCACCACCGGAAAUACAGGCACAUUGUCUCUCGUCCAGUUUUUCGACUCGACUCAGCCGAGUGACUAUAGAUGGUCUUUCAACGGGACAAGAUUGAUGUUUGGGGAUACGACAUUCUCGGCGACUCCUAAUGGACGGCUUCAGCUCGUCGCUCACCAGCACGGAGUCAAACCCGUCCUCUGGCACCACUACUACGACGACGACGACGACGACGACGACGACGACGGAAACACCUGCAAGUUCGUCACAAUCUCCACAAUUGACAUCCACCAGCAUGAGUACCUCCUCGUCAUCGCCAACGCAAUCAGUCUCUGCGACUCUAACAACUCAGUCUUCAGCACAACCUACAAGCUCGCCACUGUCCUCAUCCUCUCAUGUAUCGUCUCUCUCAGCCACGACAAGGGCGUCAAUGUCCAGCUCAAUGUCAAGGCUUUCAUCCUUAGCGACGACAAUCUUAUCGAGCGCCACGCCAGCGGACUCAAGCAGUGCAUCUACAAGUCUCUCUCCAAGUUCAUCCCGGACACUAUCAGCUCAACUACAAUCUCCACGUCUUCUUCCAUCAUCACCAUUACAGGCAGGACCAGCACCACUGGCUCACAUACGAACUCACGAACCAGCACCAGGAGCGUGUCAACGGUGAGCUCGUCUUCCAGUCCCAUAGCCACUCCGUAUCCCGCCAAACGAGGACUUACUUACCGCAAUGUCACCACGCUUCAAUUCUACCUUCCCCCAUCACCCUACAUUUCGUGGUCGUACAACUACUACUCGCUGCCCAACGCCAGCGACGACGUCGGUAUUUACCCUUCGUCCCAAUACCGCUUCAUCCCUCUCUUGUACAACGACGCCGACUCUCUCACGUCCAUCUGGGUCGCCAACGUCAACUUUUCCAUUGCCAACUACGGCACCGACGCCAUCUUCGGGUUCAACGAGCCCGACGCCAACUUCAACGGCCAGUCGGCCAACAUGCCCGUGGCGCAGUCCAUUCAGGGUUACCACGACUUCAUGCAACCGUUCGCGGGGAGGGUCAAGAUCGGCGCCCCCGCCGUGACCAACGCCGGCGGCGGGCUCACGUACCUGGCGCAGUUCCUGGGCAACGCGACGCAGCAGAACCUGACGAUCGACUUCCUCAACAUCCACUGGUACGCGUCGCCCUACAACAUCGACUACUUUGAGAGCUACCUCGCCCAAGCCUACAACUUGUCCGUCAGUUACUCCCCCGCCGGUGCUGCCGCCCCGCUCCCCAUCUGGGUCACCGAGUUCGGCAUGGACCAGGACUUUUACGACCAGCCCACCACGGCGCAGUUCCUCAAGAACGCCACGCGCUUCAUGGACGCCCAGACCUGGGUCGAACGGUAUGCCUGGUUCGGCAAUUUUCCAGGCGGCUACACCACCUUCGGCACCCCGACGACGAACAUGCUCCUCAACGUCGACGGGAGCGCCCGCAGUGUCUUGGGCGAUGUGUGGUAUUCGUACAAUGGGACCAAUUAG